GAAUGACACUGUACGACUGAAGGAUCGAAGAUAUUUCUGAUUAAUGUUUCUGAACUUUAUAUUGGUACACCUUUGUUAAUCACUGUUCAAAAUAUUCUUCAAGCUAGUUCUGUUCACAGAUAUACGGUAAACUUAGUAUCAUAAACACUGUUUAAUUAAAGCAUUGAUUCUGUUUGGAAACUUAACAGUUAUACAAAGAAUGAUUCUUAAAGUAGAAACGUUUCAAAGGUUAAUCUUGGUAAUGCAUGCCUUGUUUAACUUGGACAUGAAUUUACUACAAGAACUGCAGCAUUUUAACAUGAAUAAUGACGGUAAUGGCAUCGAAACUGUCAUAACUUCUCUUAGGGAGAAUGGACAAAAUGAUGCAGCUGAUCUUUUACGCAUCACCAUUCAAGUACCAGGAAAUCUUUAUCCAUUAGAAGAACAGGAAAGAAAUCUUUGUUCUAGGUUGGAAAGUGCUUACGGCAGGAAUAGACAAAACACCGAUAGCUUGCCCGAGAUUUGUUUCCGGUUGACACGUAAUGGAAAUCUUUUACAACAAGAGCAAGGUUUCCAACAAGAAACACAGCCAAGUAAUGACAGGCAUCUUCCUCAAGCAGAAAGACAAGGAGAGAAUAAUGAACAAUCAAGACAUCACGGUCAAAACAAUUAUAAAAAAACUGUUCAUCGUAAUUACGUACAUUUGGAAGAAGAUCACUCUCGUGAACCUGUUUUUGGUCAACCUGUAGAACCAAUCAGUAGCCCUAGACUAGAAUGUACUACUUGUGGAAGAAACUUAGAAAUAGAGACAUCGGACAGUAGUCAACGCAAUAAUCUGAAAAAUGUGCUGUUGCAAAUAAUGCAAAAUUUAGACGAAAGGCAGAGGACUAGUCUUUUGCACGAAAUAUGCUCGUGUACGGAGAUAGAAAAUCCACGAAGAUCUAUGCAAGGAAGAGAAGUCAUGGAGUUUUUGAUGGGUCAGUUACACCACUUGCGUCGUCAGGGAAAAUGCAUUAUAUGCGUGCUAAAGUAUGCUUUGCAAAGAAUUGGAUGCACAAAUUUAGUAACGAUAACAAGAUUAUUGGGCUGAUUGCACGAAGUCAUUUCAGUCAAAGUUUAGUUGUAAUUUAAUUGUGUAAAAAAUUCUAAAUUAAAAAAAACGCUAUGCGUCGAGAAUGCGCUAAAUGUAAAUAGCUAUCGAGAUAUUUUCAAACUCAGGCAAAAAUAUUCUUUUUAUUCAAAUGCCUCUGCAUUCUAUUGUAUUUUUUCAUUCUGUUCGUUGACAUGUAAAUAAACAGUAAAACCGAUUGCGAUGAAUUUAGAGGAGAAAUCAAUAUCAGAAAAAAACAACUUUUCUUAAGUUUUCGAAUUUUAGAAACAAAUAUUUAUAAGUAAUUUUUUAUAACAGCAUUAGAUAGAAACAAUAGCAAAAAGGUAAAAAAGGUAUAUUGAUAUAAUCAAACAUGACUUUUUUGUUUAA